AUGCAGCAGGAAGCUUUUCCGCAGUCGCUUGAAGACUUCCCGCCAUUUCCACCAUUCCGUCUCGAGGAAGAGCCUCUCUAUGGACGGAUACAACCGGAACAACAACCAGCAAUCGGAGGGGCGCUUCGCGGUUUGUCCCCAUCCAAGAGGGUACUCAAGGAUUCUGAUGAGGCCAGGAAGGAGCCCAGGGAGCGUGAGGAACUGAGGGAGAAGGUCCUAGCGAAGCGUCUUCUCCUCCGCGAAAAAAGACGAGAGUUGCGCAGACAACGCGAAAAGGCGGGCACAGUGGAGGCCCAGCUUGCUUCCAGUAUCCGCCGAUUCUGCUUGCAGGCUGAGCCGCCAGGGCCUGAAGAGCUAUUUGUCCAGUUUGGCGAAGUACAGGCAGAAAGGGAUGCACUAGGCACCCUGGACAUCGAUUAUGAUGAGGCCGAGGAUGAAUAUGAUGCUCUCGAAUGGACUCUAAAUCACGGCGACGACAAAGCACCUCUUGUAGCCAAGACGGAGGUACCGUAUGGGGAGCGUUUCCGAGUACCCGUUGUUCAGGAUUACCUCUCCCACAUCGGCGAGGCCGAAAUGCUCAAAGAAGAACUGAACGAUCUUCGUAUGGAGAUAGAGGUCUUUAAGCCGGAUCAGGCUUUCAUUGAGGAGUUGUACCAGACCUGUGCCGAUAAAGAAGAGCGCCUACGCCAGGUUGAGGAAGAAUCGCGGCGUCUGAUGCAGGAAGUGAUGAUUACCGAUCCGCGUCUAAAGGAAAAGAGGAGGCAGUCCGAGGGAUGGGUGAUGGUCUCCAAGGACGAGGUGCUACCCGUUGGCGCGGAAGAAGGCCGACCUCACAGUGAGUUUGCUGUGAAGACAAUCGCUAGCCAGUUCAUGAGUUGGAGGACUCGAAUCAGUCACUGGAUCCUCGAUGCGUUGCACGAGUCAUCUCUAGAGAGAGCACAGCACAAAGCUAUCCUGGAACAACCCAGCCUAGACAAUAAAACCUGGUGGUCGCUUGUUGAGGGGAAUUGGUCCCCCGAACGCGGCUCUGGCAACCAGUCUCACCCGGCGGCGAUUAGCCCAAGCCUUGGUCCUGCCCAUCGUCACUCACCCGCAUCAACGAGUACUUGGUCUUUGACAAUCGUCAGACCCACGGAUAGGGUCCGCUUGGGCAGUGCUGUAACUAUCUCGCGCCAACAGGAUGCACCUAAAUACACCCGAACAGUAAAGACGGUCUAA